AUGGACGGUUUUCGACCCACUGUCAAUGAUGUCGAACGUAUCAGCUGGGGGAAACCUGCCAAACGAAAAGGAACUGGAUCACGUGGCAUGCCGCACCGAUUGAACGAAGACGAAAGAAAGUUGUUUGAUCAAGCCAGGCGAAAAGGAUUUCUGGAAGUCGCUGGUUCAGGAUGGAGAUCACAACGGCGAGAUGCGCCACUGCUGAACACGUAUCGAUCGUUGUGUGAUGCACGGGGACAAGCCUCGAUUGUUUUGCACAAAGACAAGACUGGUGUCGACGAAAUUGUGAUCGACUUAUCGCCCCUACGGUGUCAUGCAGCUUUCCAUGAUGUAGCUGUCAAAUGCCUCGAGCAUCAGCCUGAUGGAGAAAUCGUUUUUGGAAACAGCAAUGAAAACAACCUUCCAACAAUGUCGGAAGACAAUGACGCAAGAGAGAUCGAAUUGAGAGAUGAGGGGCCCGAAAUAGCAUCAUGGUCGGAAAGACCAAUUUAUCAACUACCUCCGUACUGCAUUGCGUGGAGAUUACCACGUGGAGAGGCAAAAGCCGUUGGCAAGAAAAUGGCAUCGUUGUUCGACACUGUUGAGAAGACAGCAGUGAGAUCAAAAAAACCAACCGGUGUCAAGCAUGGAAAGGGACGUCGUCACGGAGGAUAUGGAAUUGGCUAA